UGAAUAUUAAAUUAACCACGUGGAAACAUGGCAGACUUCAAAAGACUCGAAGUGAAAAAGAAAGCUAGACUGGUUCCCAUAAAUUACAAAGAAAACUCCUUCUGGGAUAAAUACCAAUCUCCAAUUAUUGUCAAAGAAUUUGCUGCAGUGACUUGUAUUGAUUUCUCUCCUGUACCUCCCCACGACUAUGCUGUCACUACGGGAUCUAGAGUCCAGAUAUAUAGUUCUAGUAAUAAUACGAUUAAGAAGACAAUAACACGAUUCAAGGAGACUGCCUCCUCUGCUCGGUUUCGUCACGAUGGUCAGUUGCUAGUAGCUGGAGGCGAUGAAGGGGUGAUAAGGAUUUUUGACAUGAACAGUAGAUUUGUCCUGAGGCAAUUGAAAGGUCAUUCAAAGCCAGUAAAGUCAGCCCAGUUCUCAGUAGAUGGACUCCACAUUGUGUCUGGAUCAGACGACACUGUACUUAGGUAUUGGGACAUUGCCACAGAAACCAGCAUAUCAGACCUACACGGACACGAAGAUUACAUUCGGUCACUCUCUCUCGUCCCUUCUUCUCCUUAUAUGGUAUUGACAGGAUCCUAUGAUCACACAGUCCGUGGGUGGGACCUACGUUCUGGUGACUCCGCCUUUAAAUUAAAUCACGGAGCGCCCGUAGAAGCCGUACUAGUUUUCCCGUCAGGCGGUACCUGUGUGACAGCUGGUGGUAACUUUGUUAAAGUCUGGGACCUGCUUCGUGGUGGGAAGCCGUUUUGCGGUUUUUCUAAUCAUCAGAAAACCAUCACUAGUUUAGUAUUUGAUGGAUCUCAUCAAAGGAUACUAUCAGGUGGUCUUGAUCGUCAUCUUAAAGUAUACAGUGUUGAGGAUUAUCAUGUUGUUCACAAUAUUACUUACCCUGCUCCUAUACUCUCUAUGGCAAUGUCUCCUUCUGAUAGUCAUGUGACUGUUGGCAUGACGACCCGUCUCCUGUCUAUUCGUCAUCGUCCUCACCAUAAAAUCGAAUCUUCUUUGCCAACAGACAGUCAUGCUUCGUUAUUUGCUCCUCCUCGUAGAGCUAGGGGUUCUCGCCCAGGCACUCAGAGAUAUUUUAUGAGAGGUUAUGACCUGAAGCCACACGAUGAUGAUCAUGUUGUUAGUCUCCAUCACAAACCUAAAUACGAUAAAUACGAACUCUGUUUGAAAUCGUUCAACUUUAAACAAGCCCUUGAUGCUGUUUUGGAAAUGGAGGUCAAAAAGCGUAAUGGUAAGGCAUCAAAGGUCUACAGUGUGCUCCAAGAAUUGGCUAGAAUGGACAGGCUUCAUGCAGCAAUAGCUUAUAGGUCUCCUCCAGAGAUUAUCCCUUUAAUCAUUUUCCUAAGAAAAAAUUUAUUAACCUUUGGCUAUACCUCAUUCCUAGCUGAUGUGUGUGACAUUGUGAUAGAUGCUUAUGGUCAUGAGCUAUCGGAAUCAAAGGAGCUUCGAAUUCAAUUUGAUUAUCUUAAGCAGGUUCUGUGUCGUGAAUUGAGGUUUCAAAGGGAAGCUGUUGGUUUGUUGGGAGUUAUUGAUACUUUACUAACGGCGUCGACUGUAGAGUGGAGCAAAGGAAGAUCUGAUGAGAAAAAAGUGGCAGUUUCUGCUAAGGACACUAUAAAGAUGGAUGUAGACACUAGACGUUUAUAAAAUAAUUUUGUAAUAGCCACUAGUUUUUUAUUAAAGACAAAUAUUUUGGUGGGAACCACUGCAACCUGCCAACAGUAGC